AUGGAGACGACCUCGAACACACUCUACUGGUCGGUUCUCUACUGUUUGACGACGCCGCGAGUCGUUGAGAAUAUCAACAAAGAGCUGAAGGAGAAAGUGAAUGGCGAUCGGAUCAUCACGAUGGCUGACAAAAAUGAUCUCGUCUAUAUCAAUGCCACAAUUAAUGAAGUUCAACGACUCGCCAAUUUGCUUCCAUUGAAUGUUUCGCAUGCGACAACUGAAGACGUCGAAAUCAAUGGCUUGCGAAUUCCGAAGGAUACCAUUAUUGUUCCACAGAUUUCAUGUGUUCUGUACGACGAGAAGAUCUUCCCCGAUCCACAUUCAUUCAAUCCUUCAAGAUUCAUUGGAGACGAUGGAAAAUUGUUGAAAGUUGAAGAGUUGGUCCCAUUCUCUAUCGGAAAACGGCAAUGUCUCGGCGAAGGAUUGGCUCGAAUGGAGCUUUUCCUCUUCUUCGCCAAUCUAUUUAACCAAUUUGAGGUAUACAUGCACCUAUAA